UCCGAGGUGUACCUUAACGCCUCACGGCAGCGGAUGUAGCAGCAGCAGCAGCAGCAGCAGACUACAGUACAUCGGCAACAAUGUAGCUCUGCAGGCUUGAAUAUCUUCUCGACUCGGAAAAGUACCGUAUCCUUAGAUUUGAUGUGUGUCGUCAUAAAGUUGCAGGUUGCCAAAAUGCGUUUGUGAAGAAAACAGGACGCAGGGACGCAAAUUACAAGGCAGAGGAAUCGAAACCGACGCCUGUAAAAUAUCUGCCCUCCUGGACGUCUGGAAGGGACACUGUGCUGCUCCUGAGAUUCCUCUUCUUAGAUUGCCUUUUCAUCAUCUUUUGAAAUGUCUACACUUGUCCGAUUACGUGUAUUGUAAGGUCGGUGAAGGCUGUGUAACGCUUGUGGAUCCCCGGGUACGUACUUGCACAGGGGCUGCCUGGUUAUCCGCGUUACCGCCCCGUUUUUUCCUCCCCUUGGAGUAACGCUAACAGCACGGGAAGACAGGAGAAGACUCGAGAUAUCUCUCUGGGUGUGGAUUAUAACGAAGACCAGCUCUCACCAUGGGGAAUACGACCUCCUGCUGCGUGUCCUCCAGCCCCAAACACCGGAGGAACAACCACUCAAGGCUCGAGCCCUACCGGCCGGAGCCGGAGCUGAGCCGGGAGGACACGGGCUGCAACCUCCAGCACAUCAGCGACAGAGAGAACCUGGACGAUCUGCCGAUGGAGUACAACCCCUCAGAUCAUCCGCGGGCCAGCACCAUCUUCCUCAGCAAGUCACAGACUGACGUUGCUGUGCCCAACAAGAAAGUUCGAGAAAAAAGGAAGAGCCUUUACAUCAACCACCAUCAUCCAGGCCCGGUGAGACUGAAGUACAGCUCAUGUUCCACCAUAUUCCUCGACGACAGCACCGUCACACCCAACCUCAAAUACAACCAUCAAUGUGUAGCCCUCGCAAUAUACUACCACAUAAAGAACAGGGACACCGAUGGACGAAUGGUGUUAGACAUUUUCGAUGAGAAGCUGCAUCCAUUGUCGAAGUCAGAACUCCCUCCUGAUUACGAGAAAUACGACCCUGAGCAGAAACAGAUCUACCGAUUCGUCAGGACGCUGUUCAGCGCCGCACAGCUCACUGCUGAGUGUGCGAUCGUCACACUGGUGUACUUGGAGAGGCUCCUGACCUAUGCUGAGAUUGACAUCUGCCCCGCAAACUGGAAGCGUAUCGUGUUAGGAGCCAUCCUGCUGGCAUCCAAGGUCUGGGACGAUCAGGCGGUGUGGAACGUCGACUACUGCCAAAUUCUCAAGGAUAUCACUGUGGAGGACAUGAACGAGCUGGAGCGUCAGUUUCUGGAGCUGCUGCAGUUCAACAUCAACGUGCCGUCCAGUGUCUACGCCAAGUAUUACUUUGACCUGCGCUCGCUGGCUGAGGCGAACAACCUCAGCUUCCCUCUGGAGCCCCUCAGCAGGGAGAAGGCCCAGAAGCUGGAGGCCAUCUCUCGGUUGUGUGAAGACAAAUACAAGGACUUGAGGAAACAAGCCAAGAAACGGUCGGUGAGCGCAGACAACCUGACGGUGGUGAGGUGGUGUCCGGCCAUCAUUUCCUAACACUGACCGCCUGCAGCGCAGAGAUGGCACCUGUCACACAAACUGAACUGUGUUUCUGCCAAGUAGGCAGGUCGAACCAGGUGGGCUGCAGUCCUGUGGAUCAGUGGAUCAGUCUGGAAUACACACACACACACACACACACACACACACACACACACACACAUGUACACACACACACACACACACACACACACACACGCACGCACACACACACACUCACAAUCUGGCACUUUGAUAAGUGUGACUGCACCCUCUGUGGUUGUUGUACAUAAAAGAAGUCUCACUGGGUGCCUGCACUGAACCAAACAGAGCUGAGCUGAACCAAACUGAAGAGUGUGAGUGAAAGUUGUUGGAAUGAAAGCUGCAGAAGAAGAAGAAAAAAAAAGAGGCCAAACAGAAGUAAAGCUGGUGAUGUGAGAGACUGUGUGAAGACGACGGAGAAAACAGCGUCCCAUAAUCCCCUCUGAGGCUGGACUGGCGUGUGCGGCUGAUUGAGGGAACCUGCUUGUACAUUCCUUUAUUUUCUAAUCUCCUGUUUCAGUUUCUGAGGCGGGAGCUUUUCUUUUGACAGCUUACAGGCACAUUAUGAAUUUUAAAAUGCUCAAUUCCUCUUUUUUUUGUGUUUUUUUUGUUGGUGUUUUCUGCUCCUGCAUUCCCAUCCAGCAGAAACCUCUGCUAACACAUCCAAGCAUACACAAAGAGAAGACAUGUACAUUCACUGUCGUUCGAAGUUUACAGAUGAUAAACUGGACAUAUCAUGACAGAGUCUACAGUAUUCAUUUAAAUUGUAGCCAUAUACAACUAACAUUAAAAGAGAGGGUCAGUGUUUGGCUUUGGGGGCUUUGAAAGGACCUGAGAAUCAUGUCUAAUUCCACUUCCUCAAUUAUUUCCCUAAAGGGCAGUUCUGACCAAAAAUGAAGUAAAGAAAAUGUGUGCUCUUUGGAAGUGAGAAAUCAGCCAGAGUUUGUUGUUGUCAGCAUUGAUCAACGUGUGAUCCUGAAUGCCUCUCAGCAUAGAGAUUCUGCGAUGGAGUCCUGAGGUUACUGUGGCAAUGGUUGAUCCCAACUCUAUUAAAAAACCAAGCAUUUGAAAGUUGUUUGCUUUUUCUCUUGCAUGAAUCUUCAACAUUUACACAGUUGCAUUAGCUACCCUGUUAGGAAAUAAAUCACAAUAAAAUCCACUGAUUUGUGUUUCAUAUGACUUUAGGAAGCCAGAUUUAAGUUGACGUGACCUGCUAGAUACAGUGAAACUAGCACUAAGCAGAGACAUUUGAGCAGGGUUUCUGGUAGUUUCUGUGGAUCAGAGAAAUCCUGGUACUGAUCCGAUCUAACCGGUCAUCAAACUGGGCACUGGUCAGCCUCAAGUAACCGGCAGCAGGAAAUUUCAUCCAGACUCAGUCCAUGGAAAAUGUACUGUGCACAUCUGGGUUUAUGUUGAGAGCCAUUGGUUAGAUUGGCUAUUGGUUGGUCAUUUGCAUCUGGAAAGGAAAAUAUUCACAUGUUGAGUCUAACUAAAGUGACUCAACAGAUGAUAUCGUGCAGGUUGGGAACACAAAGCAUGAAUGACUUAGCUUCACUUUUGGUCAGAACACGGUUUUACAGGAAAGCCAUCCAGCCCCGCCUCAAACACAGCUACUCACAUGAAGCAAUAUCCAUGCCUUGCUUUGUUGUUGUGAUGAAAUAUGAUGAAGCAUGCACACUUGAGAGGACACAGACUGGAGAACAGUGAUCAGAUUGUGAGACGUACUGUAGAGUUCAUAUUGUGUACUUCAAAUUCACUGCCAUCGUCCUGACCUGUGGUGCCUGUAAUAAGCUAGUGUAACACGUCUCCUCUUUCUACUGGAGGAAAAGAACAAAUGAUUUGAAGUAAUUCUUCUUUAACAUUUUGUACGGUUCUUCCAGCUUACAAACAAACAGCACAAACAGUUAUUGACAUUUAGGAGCCACUAAAAGCAUGAGUCUUCAGGGUUAAUUUUUGUUGUUCUGGACCGAAAUGAAUGAAAAGCAUUAAAUCCAGCUCUGCUUUCACAAAGAAAGAUUGUAUACAUUUUGCUUAAUUGUCUCUGUAAAGUGUAAAUACAGUGCCAGUGUGCAAAGUCUGUAGACUGACGUUGUACUGUAAAACAGAAUGAUGUUAGAAUAUUUAUAUUGGGUCAGUUCUUACUGUACAUGAUGGGAACGGUAAAUCUGUUUGACUCCUUGUUCUGAUGACAAAUCAAGCAGAGGAAGGUGAAGUGUUAGGAUUUGAAUGGGAGACACCACUUUAGAGUUUUCUCUGUUUUCUUGUGUCCAUGCUUUCUAUGUGUUACAUAAGUGGUAUAUAGAUAAAACAAGACAAUUCAGGCGCUAUAAUUUGUCAUUUCUUCAAGAUUUUUGAACUCAA